AGGUCAUGUGGCAACUGUUGACUGUUGAUGCAUGACUCAUUUCGUUGGAUGUAUAUUGGAGAGGAUAACUUGGACCUGGAAAAGAACACUAAGCUGGUUGUCUUGGUUACUGCAACAAGCUUCGACUGGAAACGUCGACCCUUUGCUGUCCGACCUCGUGUUUCAUCGUACCUGAACGACCAUCAACCAACUGUAAUGCACGUGUAAUAAAAAGAUCACUAUCUAGAUAUUACGUGCAGUCGAAGAACCGAUUCCACUUUUCCGCGAAGUAUUAAGAAGCAGAGAGGACAUGUUAGCCACGAAGAGGAAACGGUUGUGGAUGGCACUGGUGGCUUUGUGUAUGACUUCAAUAUUGACAACGUUCCAACUGAGCUACAGAAAGUCCCCUCCAAACAACAUCCUGGAAAUGCCCACCUUGAGCCGGCACCUCAGAGGAUACAGCAAUUCUGGCGGUCACACAACGAACCGAUGGAUCGUGCUGGCCCUCGACUCUGUGUAUCAGACAGACGUGUCGUACCUUGAUGACGUCACAGGUUGGAACAUCGUCAUAUCAGGUUACCUGCCAAACCUGAACGGCUGCAGGAAACCAAAGUGCAUCUAUAUUCAUCCCGGAAAUAUCCAGACUCUACCGUUCACCUCAGUUAAGCAUGUGGGAGAAAAAGGCUACCCUCUGAAGAAUAUAGCCUACCUCUAUGCCAUGUCACAAUCAGCGGAGGUUAUCUACGAUUUGGAAUAUGGUGUCAAACCCAUCCUUCCAAUGAACAACUUCAUCUACAUUGACCACACUCAUGGCCUCAUCUACACCGGCAACACCACAUUCAACCACUACAGACAUUUUGGUCAACCGUAUUUGCAUCCCUUGGGAUUCCCGGAAUCUGUUAACGCGACACAAUCUAAACUGUUUGACCUGUGUUAUGUCCCUACACCUCCAAUACAACACGGCAUCAUUAGUGGUGAAACGCCUCUUUAUCAUGACCAGAGAGAAAAAAUAUUAAAAAUCAGCAGAGAAAAGACACUGGAUCUUCAGUUUGAUACAAUGGCACCUCCGGCAUUUGUUCCUCCGGGUAGAUUCUCUGCAGUCACAACCGGAAACACACUUUUUACUCGUAAAGCAUUCUGGUUAAUGCUACUUCCGUUUUCUGGAGAUUCAGUGUUGGAUGGUGUGGUACGAGGCUAUUUGUCUCAGAGGUUUCUGUGGGAAACUGGUGAUUAUACUGGCCAUAUGGGCGACACGGCGAGAAGUGAGAGCUAUAUUAACUUACAAAAUACAGAUAUAUCAGUAUCGAAUAAAAUCAAGAUGUUGUUAGACGAAUUAAAAAAGUGGAAUUGUGAUCCCAAUCAACCUUUACCAGGAUGUUUCGGAGAUCUGUACAGACAUAUCGUUGAAAAAAAAAUCUUAUCUGAAGCCAAUUUUGAAAUAAUGGAAUCGUGGAUACAGGAUUUAGAUAGAAUAAAUGUCCUUCCCGACUCGCAAAGAAUAGAUUUUAAGAAAGUUAAAUAUUCUGAAGGUCAGAACUGUACUAAGAUGCACUUUGCACCAAGUCAACACAAUCAUAAGAUAUAUAACCUGACGUCAAUGUCCGUGGUUGUACAGCUACCCUGGGAUAACAAGCCCAUCUGUCCUGAAGUGGAUGAAGUCAAAGAAGCGCUGAGAAGUAGAGCUCCCGCGAAGUACUUGUUCACAGAUGUGCUGCUUAUUGUGGUGAUAAACUACCCACAACUUUACAAAACCACCAGGACAGUGGAGAUCCUCUAUAGGAGAUACUUCCCCAAUUUACUCUUCUGUGGUCCGAGUAUGGAAUCGUUCCACAAGGACAGCAAUAGUGAGUUGUCCCAUGUGGAAGGCUUAACUGAAGGAUGGCAUUACAUGUAUGGCUGUAUUGCAUAUGCCAUGAAGAUGAACUACCGAGCGAAAGGCUAUCUUCAUAUUGGCGAUGACACGCUUCUGCAAAUUUGGAAUCUUCAUAAACUCCCGCGAGAUCACGUGUGGUUUAAUGAUGAACUACGAACCCUAAACAGGACUGUGCUUGACUCCCCCUGGCGGUGGUGGAUUGAACCAGAGGGGAGGAAGAACUGUGAACGCGUGUUGGACGAGCUUAAGGGCAUAUCUCAACAAGGGGGAGAGGGUGCAGAACUUGCUAACAUAUUCUACACCAAUUAUGUUAAGAACAGAGAAUCAUUGGAUAUGUUGUUCGGAUCUGCAUGUGACUUCUAUUAUGUACCCCAGAGACUGAGGGACAUGUAUGUGUUUCUGGUCUCACUUCUGAGGAAGCACAGGGUUAUUGUAGGGGUUGGAAUCCCCACAGUUCUACAGGGGAUGGACAGGCGUGAAAACGUCGAGUACAUUCCUGGAAAGUUGAUCUUUGGAGAAGAUAGGGGUAGAAUGCAGGAGGUAUUCAGAUCGGACGACUACUUCUUUCACCCUGUGAAAUUUGCACGUUGGUUAAAAUCUGACAAAGGAAGAACAUUUUUCUGUGAGAACCUCCAGCCUCUGUUUGAAGGAAGUGUUGGCUUCUCAACGAACAGAACUAAUACCUACUUUUAAUGCGCAAAUCAAUACCUCGACUGACUUCCCUGUGUACAGAAUCAAUCCACACUUGCAAUAUGCAUGUUAAAACCUCGAUUGCAGAUGUCGGAGAUUAACCUUGGUCGCCACUGCACAUUAUUGCUCUCUUCACUUUGUUCGUGAUCUGGACAAUGUAUAUGAGUAUCAACAAUGUAACCAAAUUAUUGAUAGCUUGUGUCUCUUUAUCUGGACUAACAUAUAGUGUAUGAAAUCUUUUAUUACGCAAUUCAAUUUUCUCCACUAUGUUUUCCUGAUGCUGACAUACAGAGUGGAAUAGAGCUGCAAAACAUUUUUUUAAUAAUCUUCUUGGUUUUGGUUUCAUAAAGGUACUCCUGCACCAUGACUGUGCAGGAAUAUCUUUUAUCAGUCACCAUCUAAUAUUCUGGUGAGGCCGGGUGUUUUGUUAGACACAGAUAACGAUUCCAGUCACUGGCUCAAGAUGUAUUUUCCUGAAUAAAUUGUCUGUGGUAAAAUGCUUGUUAUGAUUG